GGAUGGCUUUAUAUGCCGGGCUGUGUAGCGAUCAGCAGUCCCUGGCUGACACAUUUAGGGCUGACAGCCUACUAUAUAAGCAGAGCUUCAAGGGACAGAGAGCUGGCAGAGACCUUAAUUUUGUCUCUGUACAGUUUGUCAUCUCCAUCCAGCACCGGGCCAACAGUAACAAACCAUGGAUGAUAUUUACAAGGCAGCAGUAAGUAAUAUUUUCAUACAUGAUAAUACAAAGCUGAGGCUGGGACUUGCUUCUGCAUAAGCAAGCACAGGAUUAUGCUCCACAUGUCUUAACAAGGUGCAAAUAUUAAUGUUCUGGUUAAUGCUAGUGAUGAUGUUAGAUUCAUUUUUAUCAUUAAUGUUAAAUGUAAUAAUGGAGAUCCUUCAACUUGUUGAUAUGAUAAAGAGAUUUGCCAUACAGCUUAAGUUCCUUAAAAAAACCAAAAAAAACUUGGACAAAUGCAUUGUUGCUUAAUGUAAUGAAACUUACUGUGUUUUAUGUGAAAGUCUGUUUUCAUUGUAGCCCAGCUCUAAAUAGAGUAUAUAUUUUAGGUUUUUGUUUAAUGGAUUAGGGAUGCCUAACUGCAUAAGGCUGUUGUUGAGCAUAAUUUCAAAACUACUUUAUCUUUGUACUAUUAUAGCCAAUAUGUUUUACAGAAAAUGCAGAUAGCAGUGAAACAAUUUAUUAUUUAUAUAUGCAAAUAUAGUUUUUUUCCAGAAGUUCACAAGCUGAAGGGUUUUUGUUGGUUUGUUUAAUUCGGAAUUCAUCUAUAAUUUCCCCUUCUGCUCGUAAUUGUGAACUACAAGGGGGCCUGAGAAGUAAUGUGGUUAUAAUUUUUUGCGCCUAUGGUUUUGACCACUGCUCUGCAAGACGAAUUUUGAAGGAAAAUGCUCACUCUGUUCAAUGAAGAAGAGGACACCAGAUCACAAUUGCCUAAAUUUCAGGAGAGUUAGAUUAGUUAUUAUUUUUAGCUUGGAAAGUAAGUCAAAGGGGUAAGGAGAGAAACUAAUGACAAUAACAGAAAUACUCUCACUAAUUCCAUUUUAAUCGGGGGAAGAACAGUUCUGGUUAUAUUUGUAGUCUAACUGGGCUUAUGUUCUGCUGUGGUUAAGAUUGUUAAUAAGAAACCCUAAUAAGACAGAUGGAAGAAAGGAUGAUUCCUGCCUGAGCAUAUCCUGGUGGUGGCUAAGCUCCUACAAGUAGGUUUAAACAGCUGCUAUGUGCUGUAAAUAAAUAAUCCACUGAGGCAAAAGAAUGUAUCUGGGCUGUGGACACAUUUCUGUCUAAAAUACAGAAGAUUCUUUUUCCAAUAUGGGACAACACUGGGCUAUCUGGGUUCUGCAUGUUUUGCAUUUUCUUACUAAUAAAAGGGUCUGCAGUCUGCAAGUUGGUAGUCAGCCCCAGACAGCACUGUCUGCUUUCUGAGCAACACUGUUGAGACUAGGCUCAUCAAAGCAUUGAGGGAAAUUUAUUUAUAGCAAAAUUUACUUUACAUUUAGUACAGUGGUUCUACACCCCUUGUCAUAGCCUUUAUCUUAUUUGCCUUUACAACAAUUAUAGAGGAAGUCACUGGUUUUCCCAUGUUGUAGGAAUAGAAUUACAGCCACUUAAGAGAGUUCUUCCUCCUUGUCCAUUUGGGGCUCCUGGUCAACAAGAUGAUCCUUUGUGUGUUGCCUUAGCUUAAGCCUUGUACAUGUUUAUCUUACGACAUUUGUAUCCUACUCUUUGCCCAAUGAGCUCAAUGCUGAUUUCUUUCCCCAUUUUAUGCUCACAACAGACCUAUAAGGGAGGUUUGGUUGAGAGAUGUGACUUGCCAGAGGCCGAAUGGCUGAGGCUGUAUUUGACCCCAGGUCUCUCUCUUGUCCAAUCCUUUAACAAGUUAACAUAAAAAGGCAGCAACUGGGGUGCCGAGCUGGAAACGAAAGAAUGUUACAUUAGUCCGUCAUUUACUGCAAAGUACAAUCAUCUUUACAUGCAUGCAACUGCUCCUGUAACACAUGUAAUUUUGCAACCACUUGUUCAAAGGAAUCCAGCGGAUUUAUCACGUUGCCCGCUCACAUCUCUUCUGCAGAGCUAAGUUUGGAAUGCUUUCCAGAUGCCAGUGUAUACAAAGAACAUUUUCAGGGCCAUGGGUUGAGAUAAAAGCCUCCGGUGAUAAAUACCAAUGUCAGUCAGCUUCUGUGAACAAUCAGAAGGGUUAUCUUUCUUAACAGCAUCUCAGUCACUAGGGCAUAAAAAUAGCCAGCGUGCCAAAAUAGUCAAGUUAUGUGGAGCACACAAAAGUGACAGGAGGCGUUUGUUUGCUGUCUCCAACUAUCUUGGGUUGUUGGGGGUUUUUUUUCUUUUUCUUUUUGGUCAUCACAAUGAAAGAGCAUCUCACAGCUGCUCUACUUCCAUCACAGAGGCUUAUAUAAGCAGGUUCAGGUUUCACUAUGAAAUUUUGAACUGGCAUCUUGCUGCUAUUGUUAUCUGUUUCCAUAGAUUAUCCCCCUCCCCCAUCUUGUCAUUCGUUUUCUGCAGCCUUCCAACGCAAUACAAGCAAGGCUGAUGGAUGGGAGACCAGUAUUUCUAUGGGGUGGUUCUGACCUCAUAGGUAAUUGGAAAAGAUUUUACAGGUUGAUCCAUGUGUGUCAGUUUACUCUGAAAAGAUUCUCCAGACGCAAACAGGACUGGUCAGGAGUAAGGGAUUGUUUCUCAACAGCCAUCUUUACACAAAGGUGUGUAAGGGGGACAGGGCAGAAGGUGUAUGUGUAUCUUGGAGAUGUUGACAUGAAGGAGGUGGUAUCUGUUUGUAUGUAGGAGGAGUACAGCAGAGUUGGAGUCCAAGACUGGAGUCCAAUGGCCCAGUCGGAAGAAUAAUGAGCUGGAGGGGGGGGCGUGUCCCUGGGUCUGAACCUGAAUUUAGAGCCAACACUCUGUCACCCCACCACCAGCUUUCAGAAGAACCUGGAAGUCUAUUCUGCAAACCAUAAGCACUUAGGCCUGCUCACCAAAGGCAACAGAGAGGAUAAAUCAGAAGUACAAGGCCCAGAUCAUAAGCAUGGAUAUUUUGAGGGGACGCUCCUACAGUGGUAUCUCAGGUUACAUACGCUUCAGGUUACAGACUCCGCUAACCCAGAAAUAGUACCUCAGGGUAAGAACUUUGCUUCAGGAUGAGAACAGAAAUUGUGCUCCGGCGGCGUGGCGGCAGCAGGAGGCCCCAUUAGCUAAAGUGGUACCUCAGGUUAAGAACAGUUUCAGGUUAAGUACGGACCUCCGGAACGAAUUAAGUACUUAACCCGAGGUACCACUGUAUUAUGUAUUAACUUGAGCACAUAGCAACUAAAUGGUACAAAUUAGCAUUUAGUAUCAUUAAAGGAGAUGCUGGCUAAAUCCCACGAGGAAACAACCAGGCAAAUUAGAUGUGCAUAUUUGAGAUAGGUGAAGAUGUUAUGUUGCCUAUUAAAUACAAUGUUAAUGAGAAGGGAUGCAUCAAGAGGAGAAUUCACAAUCAAGUCAACACUAAUUUUGGGGAGAGACAGAGACACACACACACACACAGAGAGAGAGAGAGAGAGAGAGAGACUUUAAUUCAUGUCAGAGCAGGUGAAGGUGGAGGAUACUGAAACAUUUUACUUUAAGAAAUUAAUAUAUCUGUUUUGUUAGCCUGUAAUGUCUUGCUACUGGAAGACUAUAUUUGACUGAAGUACAAGGAUGAUAUAUAUACAAAUAGUUAUAUUGUAUGAUUGAACUGAGUCUUUAUUUUAAUAACAGGUUGAGCAGUUGACAGAAGAACAGAAAAAUGGUAAGCUUGUGCCAUUUAUCUUCCCAUUUAUUUCACAAGAAGGCUGUUUGCCGCAUUGUCAACUUGUAAUUGGGGUGGUUGACUAACCAAUUAGCCACCAGCGCUGACAAGUAAUCAAUAUGUAAAAUAAAGAGCUUGGAUCCAGAGCUGGUGGAAGAUGACCAUUUGUGAAGUUCAGCCUGCUACCACUUCACUCUAAUCUUAAGAGGCGAUUUCCUGCUUAUGCUUCCCAACCCUUUAUUGGCAGAUGCAGGAUAUAAAGAAAUUCCAGAGAUGUUUUUAAAAGGGGUCAUAUAGACCUAUGAAGCUGCCUGAUGAUGUUAGAUCAACUGGGCCAUGAUAUGACAUGAAGUUGCCUGGUACCAAGACAAGGUACUGGUUCCAAAUAUUCCAGUACUGUUGACUCUGUCUAUCAGGGGCUUGCCACAGUAAGGACUUCUUGCUACCCAAGAGAUUGACCCCGGUCUGUAUGUGCAUGGACCAUGUGGUCUAUUACUGAGCUAUGGGCCCUCCACAGAUUGCAUUUGGCAUAUUUUUGAAUUAAAAUAUAAACUAACAGAUACAUCUGUGAAAUGCUGGGAGGCUGAAUGUCCUUGAAACUCUUUUAAGCCUUUUAACGUUUUGAGCUUAGCUGGUCCCAUUCAUGAAAGGGAAGGGAUGAGAGACAAUCAAUCUGGCAUAAUUUUGAAGGCAGAAGUAGAAAGCUGCCAGCUAUUUUCUGUCAGUCACAGCUGGAAAGUGCUGUAGGCUUUGAAGCCUCCUUGUUGAAUUCAAUGUGGCAAACCCUGACUUCAUUUCUUCCUCCAGAAUUCAAGGCUGCUUUUGAUAUAUUUGUCCUGGGUGCAGAGGAUGGGUGUAUCAGCACAAAGGAGCUGGGGAAGGUGAUGAGAAUGCUGGGGCAGAAUCCUACCCCCGAGGAGCUGCAGGAGAUGAUUGAUGAAGUAGAUGAAGAUGGUGAGCUAUUUUUUUCUGGGUGGUUAUAAGGAUCUGGAAAGGAAAGUUUAAAAAUAGUAAAACAUUUUUUUUCUUGAGAGCUGUGUGGAGGAGGAAUGAAGAGGAGUUGAACCAGAUGUCCUUUGGCAUAUUCUGCAUUUUUAUCUUGUGAACUGCCCGGAGAUCUUCGGAUGAAGGGUCGUAUAUAAAUUUAAUGAAUUAAUAGCAACAACAUUAUUUUUAUUUAUAGCCCAUGCAUCUGGCUGGGUUUCUAGAUGGAAUUCUAGAUGGAAAUCAUCAUAUUGAAAUAAUUCAUCACACCUCCUUGAAUGUUUAUGGAUUCAAAGAAUGGAUGAAACAAGAAGAACAACUAACAACACGAGCAACAACAAUUUGGGAAAAAACAACAACCACCAUUUAAAUUUGAAGGAAAAACAAACUUCUGUCAACUGCUACAGCAUUUACAAUAUUAACUGGCUUUUUUUAUUACCAUGUUCGGAAUAUUUAAGUGGAAAUGCUCAAGGUGAGAGAUAAGUUACCUUUGUUGUUUUCUUUUUCAUUGACAGGCAGUGGCACUGUAGAUUUUGAUGAGUUCUUAGUUAUGAUGGUCAGGUGUAUGAAAGAUGACAGCAAAGGAAAAUCAGAAGAAGAACUUUCCGAUCUCUUCAGAAUGUUUGACAAGUAAGUACCUUGUGGACCUAGACAGUGAUCAAGUGGAGACAGAACGUUUCUAACACUCAUACCUAGUCCUGGGUGACUAGUAAUAUGCAAGAAGAGGAUAACUAGCUUUCAUAGACUUCCUUCACUGUGAUAGCUGCCACUACGAGGAUGGGGGAGAAAUCAUUUCAGCUCACAUUUCAAGGCAAUAUGCAAACCGAGACACAACCAGCAUGCAAAAUUCACAUUUCUCUGAAUAUUGCAAUUCUUUUCAUUACUUAAUAUAUUGACAUCCUGCCAUUCUCCCAGGUUGGGAUUCAUUGUAGUCCUCCAGCCAAGUAAUGCACAGAAAAAUGCAUAUACUAGGGUGGAGUGUUUAUAAAAUACAUAAUUUAGUAAAAAAAAAAAAACACCAUACAAAAAUGUAUUGUAUUAGGGGAAAGUGCAUUGCAAAGGUGGAUAUAUUAGGCAAAAUUAGGCGUAGAAACAUUAGAAGAAUGUCACGACAUAAUGAUACCAUGUGAUUAUUGUCCUACCCACCUGACAAAGUUGGCCAGCGGGGGAAGGCUAGAUAAAAAUCUGACCCCCAGGGGCAAGAGGGUUCCAGAACUUUCUCUUCAUCAUCAUUAUCUUGACAGGUUGGAUGGCCAUCUGUCAUGGAUGCUUUAGUGGAAUUCCCUGCAUUGCAGGGGGUUGGACUAGAUGUCCCUUGGUUCCCUUCCAACUCUACAAUUCUAUGAUUCAACAUGUUUGGAUUUUUUCCCUCUUUCACAUUGGCCAACCAUUAAGAAAGACCCAAAACUUCAGGGCCAAUACUUAGAUGGGUACGAAUGUUGCAUUUGCACAUGUGUAUUUAACAGCUCCACUAGAUUAUCACUCAGCUGUUUGCAAGUCCUUUCUUUGUAAAAUUCAGAUCUCUGAGAAACUGUGCAUGAUCAUAUUGAAAUACAAAUAUUAAUGCCAAACAAUGCCUUUUGGGUUGUUUGGUUGAUCUUGUGGUGUAUCGCAUAGAAUACAGUGUUCAAAUAAACGCUCGGCUGCAAUGCAAUGCUUGGUGAGAAUGAAGAAAUAUACAGGAAUGGAAUUCUUCCUUUUUUGAGCUCUCCCAUCUCUUCACAGAAAUACAGAUGGAUACAUAGACCUAGACGAACUAAAACUCAUGUUGCAAGCUACAGGAGAAACGAUCACUGAAGAUGACAUUGAGGAACUUAUGAAAGAUGGAGACAAAAAUAACGAUGGCAAGAUUGACUAUGAUGGUAAAUGACUGUGUGUAACUUUGCAUAUAAAUCACAGCAAGAAUUGCAGUGCUCUUAGAUGGUAACCACUAUAAAGAAAAAGACGGUGGACACAUACACACACACACACACACACACACACACGACCUAAUCUUAAAAACUCAGAGUCAUCAUUACUUAAAGACCAAAGGUACUCCUUUCAGUUAAAUCCUUCCAGCUUGGGACCAGCUGACUUGAAGCAUCACCUUACCCCAUAAAUGCCCACUUGACUGCUUUGAUCUGUGGAUCUGGGAGUGCCACAUAGUGUUCAUUCCACACUUGCAAGGAAUCCUUCAGUAUAGCCACACCUGCACUUUUGAAUUCCCUGCCGAUUCCCUGCAGCACGGCAAAACUAGGCUUUCUUUCACCUGGGUAGAAGACUCACAUCGACCAGCCCUAUGCGCAUUUCCAUACACAUGCACACGCGUACACACGGACACUCCUCUGCUCUUUUCUGAUAUCUAGCUCCUGAGGGUUUCUUUGACAUUGUGCCCAUUAUAGCAGGGGCAGCUUCCAGAGGCUUCACUUGAACGGACUACGGCUUCCUCUUGAACUCGGUGAUUCUUACUUCUGAGUAGAGCAUGCUUAGACAUUGCACUAGUCACCACGGCUUACUUCUGAACUCAGUGGUCCUUACUUAUGAGUAAAUAUGCAUAAACGUUAACACUGCAAGUCAUUUCCCAGUAAUAUAAAGAAUUAUCUCACUUCAUUUCCCAAAGCACAGGGUCAUUUACUUCUCUGUCUGGUUUUAGUUCUUUGUGUCUUAAUUUCCCUCUUCUCCCCCAACCCCACCCCACGAGAAACAGCAAGGGGACCGAGAUCUGAAUUGUGAAAAAGCAAACCCCCAUAUUUGCAACCUUAUCACAGGAUUGUGGGAAAGAAGGUUCUCAUGUCUCUUUCAAGACUUACAGAUCAGAGCAGUUACAUUUGGGGGGGGUGUGGGGGGGAGAAAAACAGCUGUCCCAGCUGGGGAGCCCUGGUGGGACAAGGGAGCCACCUGGCACCAAGGAGUGUAGAGACACACGAGGGAGAGAGGGGCUGGUGCUGCCGCCCAAUGCAGCUGUCCUGGGCACCCCACAUGCGCGGAGGGGGCUCUUCCCUCUGGAACAGGCAAAGUGAGUGGGGAGAGAAGGAAGGAAGGGGCUUCUGACUCAGAGGGUAGGAUGGGAUGAGGCAACAAAGGCAAUAGCAAAACCACUUUGGACCUAUGGGGUGGAGUGGGUGGUGGUCAGGCAGCCCCAGCUCAUCGUAGAUUGGCUAACAGGCUGAGGGCAUCAAUGGCGCCCUCUGGAGGCUUCACCUUGGGCAGAAUUCCUGGCUAAAAGCCCUUAGUUUUGGCACUGUAGGCAAGCACUUUCACUGUAAUGUUUUCAGCACCUGCUUAAAACUUUUUUAUAAGCAAGCGUGCCCAAACAUAUAAAUUUGACAUGUGUUUUAUAAUGGAUUUUUUUAAUAACGGAUUUUAUUUUGAACAAAAAUUACCCUAAUUUGUUUUUAAAUUUUGAUGUGAUCAGAAAUUUUAAUGUACGUUUUAUGUAAACUGCUUAGAGGUUUUGAUGAUUAAGUGGUAUAUAAAUCCUGUUACCUAAAUAAAGGAGGAAAAGCCUUGGGUGUAUUGCAGUAUGCAACGGUCUCUGGGUCAGAAUGCAUUAUCUUGCAUUCACAGCCCCGCCACUGCAUUGUCAAUUAUUAAUAGCUCAUAUUUAAGCUGUUGGUAUCAUUUUCCGUACACAAAAUCAUUUUUUGAUUAUCCUUUCAAAAAAGAACAAGGCAAACUGAGAUGUCUCAUAGCCAUGGUCACAGUCUAAUGAAGAGUUAAGCUUGCUUUGGGCCAUUGAAAUAAAUAGUCCUAAGUGUGCUUAACUCUGUCUUGGACUAUAGCCAUUGUUUGCUUGAAAAAAUGUUUGAGGAGUGAUAAUAGGGUGGUUUUGCCUCGGGGAAAGUAAUGGGUAAGACAAACUCAAAUGGCAAAAUGCAUGCCUUAUGUGCAAUAAUUGAUACAUACAGUCAGUGCUUUUUUUCUAAAAAAAUGUUUAGGGGUACUCUCAUUUUCCUUCUCAUAUUGAAAUACUGCCCCUCAAUGAGGCCAAACUUAGAUUCACAAAACUUUUAGGGGUAUGCAUACCCCUGUAUACAGUCCUUGCAUGAGUACAGCUCAUCAUGUGGGGCAGGAGGUCUAUGGGAAAGGAGAAUCACACUUGUGGAGCAGCACCCAAAAGCUGGGGAGGGGGGAAGAAGUGGCAAGAAACAUCCCCUGCUUCUCCAACCAUCAUCUUAUUAAACAAACAUUUUUUAUUUCCUUUCUUUGGCAGAAUUUCUGGAGUUUAUGAAAGGCGUUGAAUAAGCAUGAGAUCUCUGGAAAAGCAGCCUCGGACACCUCCAGUUCUCUUUUCCUUACUACUUGCAUGAUGUCAUGUACUGAAGAUGGUGAAUAUCAGGAAAGUGUGACCCAUAUCUUAAGUGCCUCAGAUAGUCAUCCUAUGGAAUAUUUAUUGAGUCAGGUUGUGGUCCUGUUUACUUGUUAUUGCUUUCCAUGAUUAUAAUGUGCCCUUUAAUGUAUGAAUGGGUUGUGCAGGUGACAAUGAAAAAUGAGGCUUAAAUGACUAUUGAGACAUUUAAUAAUUCACUACAAACUCUGAUUUAACAGUGGAGCUACAGCUCAUCCUCCACCAGUGUCAAGCGGAAUGUAAAAGUACAGUGUGUACAGAAAUAAAAAAUUCUUUUUGAAAUGCUAAUAAAAUUAUUUUAAAACUAAA